AUGCAAGACGUUUUACCCUCAAACGGUGAACGCGGUCGUGAGCGUGGCCAUUCUCGCUCGCGAGCCCCACGUUCACGUUCGCCACGUCUCCGAUCUUAUUCUCGCAGCAAAUCACGCAGUCGUAGCCCGCGAAAAUCGCGUUCUUCUCGCCGUCAUAAGCGUCGCUCGUACUCUAAAACUUCUUCAAGUAAAAGUCGUUCGAGAAGUAGAGAGAGAAGAAGAAGCCAUGUUCUAGGAGUUUUCAACCUUAGUCUUAGGACUACAGAAAAAGAUUUACAAAAUAUAUUUGAACGCUAUGGAAGAGUUAAUAAUGUUACUAUUGUUUAUGAUCAUCGGAGUGAUCGUUCUCGUGGAUUUGGUUUUGUUUAUAUGAAUUCAGUUGAAGAGGCAACCAUAGCCAAGGACAAAACAAAUGGCAUGGAAGUCAAUGGUAGAAAUAUGCGUGUCGAUUAUUCGUUAACUCAAAGACCGCAUACACCUACUCCUGGAGAAUAUAUGGGAGAUAGACCACGAUACCGUAAUUCCUAUUCUUAUCGCCGUACACCCUCAUUCUCGCCACCACCACGUUAUAGAAGAAGAAGUCCUACGCGUUCUAGAAGCCGUAGUUGGUCAAAAGAUAGAAGAAAAUCUCGAAGUCGCAGUUAUUCAAGAAGAAGAAAAUCGCAUAGUCGUUCCAGAAGAUCUCGAAGUUAUUCUCGUUGA